AUGUGUCGUGUUUGUCCCGGUAAGCAUCAUUCAGCCAUCCAUGGUUUGAGAGUCGUUCCUAAUAGAUUGAGUGAUAACAAUCAGCCUGAUCUCCAUCCUCAUAUGAGCGGCGUUGCCAAUUCUCAUGUUUCAGGCGUUAAUGGUGUUCAGUUUCAGCUUUUGCCAGUCGUAGUAAAAGGCCCAUUGGGAUCCUCUGAAUAUGCUAUCGCUGUUCUAGACUCUGCCAGUCAAAUCUCAAUAAUACAUCCCAAAUUAAAACAAAAACUUGGUUUAAAAGGAAGUCCUAGGUGUCUAACCAUUAACACCUUAUGCAAUAAGGGCGUUUCGCAAAAUACGGAGGUGGUGAAAUUGUCGGUGCGAUCUGCUCACGACGAGAGUGGUCAAAUUCUGAUGUUAAGCAACGUGUUUGUGGUCGAGUCACGCAUAUCACAUCCAGCUAGAAUCCUUAAGAACGAUCACAAUAUGACUCACCUGCAGGAUAUUCCAUUAACCGACAUUGAAGCGAACAAAGCCAUGAUUUUAAUCGGAGCCGAUAAUCCCUUAGCGCAUUUCCAGCUUGAACGUAGAGUCGGCCAGCAACAUGAACCAGUGGGUAUUAAAACUCCUCUCGGUUGGACUUUGAUCGGGUCUUCAGGCGCGACUAAUGAAGAUGAAACUGUUUCAAAUAUGCUGUGUUGUGAUUUGCGUGACCAGUAUAACAUGCUGCAAGAACAAGUCGAGCGAUUUUGGUCCACUGAAGCUGUAGGCACGGUGUACAAUUUGACCCGUAGCGAGUCGAUUGAAGAUAGACAAACUGAUAAUUUGAUGGAAAGAAAAAUUAGAUUUAUCGACGGUCAUUACGAGGUUGGGUUUAUGUGGAGAAAUGAAAAUUGCGAAAUGCCGCAAAACGAACACGUAGCGCUUAACAGGUUCGAAAAUCUUAGAAAACGACUCCAAGGAAACGAACGUUUGCGAAACUUAUAUUGUAAAGAAAUGGCAAAGAAUAUUGAAAGGGGUUGGGUGCGUAAGCUAACUUCAGACGAAAAGGCGUUUCGCGGUCCUCGAACUUGGUUUCUGCCUCAUCAUGGCGUUGAAAAUCCCAACAAGCCAAAUAAACUAAGAAUUGUUUUUGACGCGGCAUCUACUUGCUGCGGCGUCAGUCUGAACAGUCGAUUGAUGUCCAGGCGCGAUUUGAUCAAUAAUCUAGUCGGGGUGCUUUUACGUUUUCGGGAAAGACCAAUCGCUAUAAGCGCCGAUAUAGAAGCCAUGUUUCAUAUGAUUCGAUUGCCGGAAGAUGAUACGGAUUCUGCACGUUUCUCUGGUCGGAAGACCUUUUUUCAACCAAACGGCCAGAUGUGUAUAAAUUCUUAG